AUGAACUCGGUCAGUACUCCUUCGUUACGCCGGUGGUCUUCUUCACGCGCUGAGACUCGCGACGCCUUCGGUGUUGUCCGUGGUUCAUACAACUACGUGGACUCUGAGGGAAAGGUUCAGACUCAGCACUACGUCGCCGACGCCCUUGGAUUCCGUGUGUCCGGCACCAACCUGCCAGUGGCUCCCGACGCCUGCUUACUGACGAAGCCGCAGCCGCCGCCGCUGCCGCCCCCAGAUACCCGCAAGAAGCGCUCCGUCUUGCGGCUCCCGCCCACGGUGUCUACUCUCCCCUCCGUUUUGUCAUACGGAUUCAUCCACUCCCUCCACUACGCCCACCCAACAGCUAUGCUUCUCCUCUUCACUACACUGCCACCCAUCCCGCCUUCACCACCUACAACGCCGCCCACGUCCCCACCACCUACGCCGCGGCCGCUGGACCGCCUUCGUGACCGAGCUCCUCCGUGUGGUCCACAACCCCGGUCACGCCACCUCCUACCGCGUGCUCAACUGAGUGCCACGAGCUCCUUCACUCACAGUCGCUUGUGUGGACCUGGUGUGUAG